UAUUUUUCAAUGAAAAUGGCUGUGAAGAUGGUACUUUUCGGGUUUUCUCUUGUUCUAUUAGUAAUCGGCUCAAAUGCAGCAGGGGAAUUCACAGUGCUUUAUAGCCCUGACUCCAUCAAGUUUUCAUCACAAACCCCAAUUCAAGAGAGUGUUCUGAAAGAGGUAUUCUCUGCGUCUUUAGGACUAUCCGUAGAGGAGGAUACAGAAUGGAAUGGACUUCAUAUCAUCGAUCCUUUCAGUACACCGGAGGCUGCCGUUGAAAUUUAUGUUGAUGGUGUUUCCAGCCUUGAGACUCAAAAGGAAAGACGCUUUCCACUAGUAGUUGAUGAGUAUGAACCAGACACAUAUAACUCACUGGAGCACCGUGUUAAGCAACGUUUCACUGAGGGGGACAAUAAACUUGUUAACAUCAAGCUUUCUGACUUCAGCCAGCUAUCUGCAUACUCAUCCAUAUUUGGCGAUAUACCUACUCCAAAAGUUUCCAAGCUGUCUCUGCAACAUCUCAAGUACUCCACUGAAGAGGACUACCAGUUUCUCAUUGAGCUUGAAGCUCUGAAGGCUAUCACUGUUAGAGUGAAAAUGGGUGUCCUGAAACCAGACAACUUGAUUGACUUCUACAACUUUAGAUUCACUUCUCUGCACGCUCUGUCAGACUUCCAUGGCCCCAACUCACUAGCGACUAAGGAAGCAAAGAAACUUCUCACCUCUGAGAUCAAACACUUGAGCGAUGCGUUCGUAAAGGCUUAUGAUGGCUCUGUGGUGGUGGCUGUAGUAGCGACUGACGUAGCGCACACCCGCCGUACUAUUCGCGCGGUGCAGUUUUCGGACCCAGAUGCUUCGGAAGACUAUUACUCGGGGGACUAUCCAUGCAUCUUCAACAUCAUCUUUUGGUUCGUCGUCGUGUUGACCUUCACUCUGGUUGCCAUCGUUUAUGCAAUCAUGGAUAUGGACCCGGGCAGGGAUUCCAUUAUCUACCGUAUGACUAGCAUGAGGGCCAAAAAGGACAACUAAAUCCGUUUUGUACUAGAUGCAAUAACUUGGCGCUGGCAUAUUAUUUGUAAUAGCAAUUACGUCGUGUGUUUACUAUUUAACUCCUAUUUAAUUCCCACGUUCCAAACGUGAAUUAUGUGAAUAUAUGGCAUUAGCCUCCUUUACACAGUCAUUCUAUCGCGCGUGAUCAGGAACAUACAGGAUUGCGCGCGGGAAAGCCUACACGCGCAAUAGUGCGCGAUUACCUGUUUGAAACUUUUUGAACUAACGUUCUUUCGUACUCGAUUGCUCGUGUUCGUUUUUGUUACAACGGAAAGAGCGUCCGUGUAAAGGCUAAUUUCGCAGGAUAGACCGCGUGAAACUGGUGUGUGUUGGAGUGCGCGAUUGUACGCGACUGACGUGCUCAAUUGCGCGGUCUUUCUCGUUUCCUUCCAACGUCUUUACACGCGCGCUCAAUCGCGCACGAUUGCUGUAUCACACGCGCUCAAUCGCGCACGAUUGCUGUAUCACACGCGCUCAAUCGCGCACGAUUGCUGUAUCACGCGCGAUAGUGUCUGUCUUAAGCCCGCUAUUCAAACGAGAUCUACUUUUUUUUCUCCAAAAAUCUAUAAACAGGCCUUGGAUAUGUAGUGCCAUGUAUAUUCGCGAACUUUAAUUGCAUCUAGUAGUAAAGAAACCUAUGUUACAAGUGUACAAAAUUCCUUCCGAACUAGUUUAAAGUUCUUGAUCAUAAAUAAAUGUAGUGAAAGGCCCGGUUGGGCUCAUAAGAUCCGUAUGAUCAGUAGGUUUUAUCUUCAUAUCUGAAUUUCUGAGUCAUAGCGUCGAAUUUUUUAAGUCGUAAAACUGAAAGGGACAAAAAAGUGCAUUGAAAACUUACUUGUUGUUGUAAUGUGUAAAAUAGUUAUUUUAGUUGUAAAGUAUAUAGUUAGUUCUUUAUUUAUUAUUGUACGGCGUUUGUAUAAUAGUAGCCCAACACUUGUCGUGUCAUGUGUAUACCUAUAUAUAUUUAAAAAAUAAUUAAAUCGAUAAAUAAACAUCUUGUUAGUUUUCUUACUAAUAAGUCAGUAUUUGGACGAUGAUGUAGUUGAAAUUAGGUAUCGUUCAGUGAAAUAAUUGUUAAAAUGUUCUAUGUAAUUAAAUACAUUCCCA